CCCUCCGCGCCCACACCGUCCGCUACCGCACACGCCUUGCCGACGCCAACGAUCUGAUCAAAACCUACCGAUCCGAGCCCUCCUGCCUCCCGCCAGCGGCGGCGCCUCUCAAGAACAACCACCGCUGCCGACUGGCCCUCGCCGAUCUCCCCGCCGAGAUCUACGAUCGGGAGUGGGAUCUCAUCAUGAUCGACGCCCCCAAGGGGUACUACAACGAGGCGCCGGGGCGGAUGGCGGCGAUCUUCUCGGCGGCGGUCAUGGCGAGGGGCCGCCGGGGGGAGGGCGAGACGGAUGUGUUCCUCCACGACGUCGAUCGGAAGGUCGAGAAGACGUUCGCCAUGGAGUUUCUUUGCAAGAAGUAUCUCGUCGGCGGCACCGGCCGGCUGUGGCAUUUCCGGAUCCCGCCAGUGAACGAGACAUCCUCCGGCGACAAGGGCUUUUGCUGAAAUCUUAGGUUGUCGAGGGGUUUCUUGUAACUUAUAUUUUCCUAGGCUUAAAAUGGUUUUGUUUUAUUUUGAGUUAGUUAUUGUCUUAUGCAGCUUAAUUAAUUAAUUGGUAUUUAUUUAUAAUCUUCUAUUUU